GCAGAGGCCAUUCCCAUUCCUUUAUCCGAACCCACGAACAGGGUGUGUGUCAUUUCCAUGGGGUACAUAGUCCGAAAUGCGGAUCAUUGUCAGGUUACGGACUGCAAUCCUUACCCGGGGUUUCUGUAGCUGGGUUAUAUAAGAGAUGAUGACGGCUGUAGGUUUAUUUCGCCUAUUUCAUCCCUUCUAGCGUUCUCUGGAGAUGGUUGUAGUGCGCAGCCUAUUCGUCGCGGGUAUCAGUUUACUCUAUUCAAGCUCUUUUGCGUCAGCCCUUUCGUGGAACGAGACUGAAUACCUGUUUGUAUUUGGAGACUCGUACAGUGCCGAUGGAUAUGACGUCUCUGCUGGUAUCAACUCGCAAGUGCCAGGAUAUACUUCAUCAAAUGGUCAGAACUGGGUUCAAUUUUUGACCGGUACAUACAACCAGAAGGCCGUGAAGACCUUCGACUUAGCGUACGGCGGCGCAACAAUCGAUGCAGCCCUUGUUCCAGCUUAUCAAUCCACUGUGCGCUCUGUGGUUGAUCAGGUGGCUCAAUUCAACGAGUACCUGGCACCCAAGCCUGCUGGCGCUAAAUGGGACAGCACAAACAGUCUAUUCGCCGUGUGGAUUGGUAUAAAUGACAUCGGAAAUUCUGAAAGCUGGACCAACAUAACUCAGGCUAAAUUCUAUGGAACUCUCAUGAACCGUCUAUUUUCUCAGGUUGAGGAUCUGUACUCAAAAGGCGCUCGAUCGUUCUUGUUCCUCACUGUUCCACCUAUGAAUCGCGCACCCCUCUACAUCGAGCAGGGUCAUCAGGCUGCAGCGAAAAUUGGCAUUAAUAUUGCUGAGUACAAUAAACAACUCACACAAUCUGUGCGAACCUUCAAAUCCAAGCACCCCGACGUCGACACCGUCACUGUGGACACUCAACCUAUCUUCAACGUACUUCUUGACAACUGGCAGACUUUCGGUUUCGUGAAUUUCACUGGUUACUGCAAAGCUUAUGAGAAUGGCACUCCCACAGCCACUUACCAGGUUGAAGGUUGUGCACCGGUGUCGAACUACUUCUGGCUUAACAGUCUGCACCCACUGUUCACAGUUCACAACAUUUUGGCACAGUCGAUCUCUAGCGCCCUUGGUGGUUACCGUGCCACGCAGAUCACCAUUUGAACCCAAAGCAUCGUUACUACUUUUAGACAACGUUCGGUUGAGCUGUAGGAUGUACGAUGUCCCAAGUUUAAUAUCGAGUGGAGUGAAAAUGUGGGCUAGCCAAUUUUGAAGUCGUGCGUCCAUAUGAUGGUCAGAUGUUUGAAUGUGAAUCCGGCAAAAUCAUCUGGCUUGUAAAGGCGUGAGAGAGAUGAGUGAGCAUGUAAGACGACCAGCC